CUCUGUGAGCAGCGUGAUGCGCGAGACGAGCGCGUGAAGAACAGAGCGGAAGUCCUCGCAAGCGUGUUUUUUGUUUACACGCUUUAUUAGAAUAAUUUCGUUUUUAAGGAUUAAACACACACACGAAUCAUAAUGGACGUGGGAGAGCUGCUGAGUUAUCAGCCCGAUAAGGGUGCAAAGAGAGCCAGAGAUGAAGACAGCAAAGAUGAGUCCAGAGCCAAACAGAAGAUGGCACGAGAUGCUGGACGAUUUUCAGUCAAGGGAGAAUUUGACAGUGAAGAGCAGGGAGGAGGAGAUCGGGAGAAGAUUCUGGAGAACCUGAUGGAUCAGGAUGGCGAAGAUCCUGAGGGAGAGCCAGUGGAUGAGAGCACAGUGAAGAAAAUGAUCUUGACUUUUGAGAAAAGAUCAUACAAAAACCAAGAGCUGAGGAUCAAGUUUCCAGACAACCCAGAGAAGUUCAUGGAGGCGGAGCUUGAUCUGAAUGACAUCAUCCAAGAGAUGCACGUCAUCGCCACAAUACCAGAGCUGUAUCAUCUGCUGGUGGAGCUGAAUGCGGUGAAUUCACUGCUGGGUCUCCUCAGUCACGACAACACUGAUAUCAGUAUUGCCGUAGUGGAUCUUCUGCAAGAACUGACCGACAUCGACACACUUCAUGAGAGCGAGGAAAGCGCAGAGACCCUCAUUGAUGCUCUGUUGGAGGGUCAGGUCGUAGCUCUCAUGGUACAGAACAUGGAGCGUCUGGAUGAGACGGUGAAGGAGGAGGCUGAUGGAGUUUACAACACUUUAGCGAUGAUCGAGAACAUGGCCGAGUUUCGCCCCGGUCUAUGCACAGAAGCGGCCCAGCAGGGUUUAAUGCAGUGGCUGUUAAAGAGAAUCAAGGCAAAGAUGCCUUUUGAUGCCAAUAAGCUUUACUGCAGUGAAAUACUGGCCAUCCUGCUGCAAAACAAUGAAAAAACCAGGGAGCUGUUGGGAGAAAUGGACGGUAUUGACGUUCUACUGCAGCAGCUUUCAGUGUUUAAACGUCAUAAUCCAUCCACGCCGGAAGAGCAGGAAAUGAUGGAGAACUUGUUUGAUGCCCUCUGUUCCUGUCUCAUGCUUCCAGCCAAUCGCGAUCGUUUCCUGAAGGGAGAGGGGCUUCAGCUUAUGAACCUCAUGCUCAGGGAGAAGAAGAUGUCUCGGGUCAGCGCGUUAAAGGUUCUGGACUAUGGAAUGAUCGGUCCAGAAGGUGCUGAUAACUGUCACAAAUUUGUGGAUAUCCUGGGUCUCAGAACCAUAUUCCCUUUGUUUAUGAAGACACCCAAGAAAAUGAAAAAAGUCGGAGUAUCGGACAAGGAGCAUGAAGAGCAUGUUUGUUCCAUCAUCGCCUCGAUGCUGAGGAACCUCAAAGGGCAGCAGAGAAGUCGUCUUCUGAGCAAGUUCACAGAGAACGACUGUGAGAAGGUCGACAGACUCAUGGAGCUGCAUUUUAAGUACCUGGAAGCUGUGCAGCACGCAGACAAGAGAAUCGAGGGGGAGAAACACGAUAUGGUGCGUCGGGGUGAGAUUAUCGAUGAUGCUAUGGAUGAUGAGUUUUAUCUCCGCAGGCUGGACGCUGGACUCUUUGUUCUUCAGCUCCUCUGUUACAUCAUGGUGGAGAUCUGCAGCGCGGGCAUUCCUCAGUUACACCAGAGAAUUCAUCAGAUUCUUAAUCUAAGAGGAGGAUCUGUCAAAGCAGUCCGUCAUAUUAUGAGAGAGUAUGCUGAAAAUAUUGGUGAUGGCAAGAGUGAAGAAUUUAAAGAAAGUGAGCAGAAGAGGAUUAUGGAACUGCUGGAGAACUUCUGAACAUCCAGCUGGAGCUCAGGGAAACAUCUACCACAAUGUCCUCUGUAAAUAGAGUUUGUGAUUCAUUUGAUGUCUGCAUGGACUUUUAUCUUCCUGCUGUCUGAAGAAAGAAAAAAAUCUGAUAUUUAACUACAAUAUUUGUCUGACUGGUUAUCUCCCAACAGAUGAAGAAUGAACUUGGAUAUUCGAUCCAGAUAUUGUAUUUGGAGAAAAAAUUAUUUUGUUUUUUUUUUUUUUUUUUUUUUU